UUUUAAUGACUUAACGGAAGAAACUUUGAUUGACCUUUGAAAAAAAUAUGAUGACUACUCUUGGAACUCUAAAUUGGCCAAUAUGGAGCAUAUUAAGAAUAUCGUAAAUUGGUUGCAGAUACUACGCUAUUAUGGUUAUCUAAAAGAUGGUAAUCCUGAUUUACGACCAUUAUAAUUACUUGAUUUUUAUCUUACAACUAUUUACGGCAAGCAACAUAUUGGACUGCCAUUUCGAAGUGAAGGCCGAACUGAUAUGUGGAUUUAAACAUUAAAAUGUUUUUACUUUAUUGAAUUCAGGCGUUGUGAAAAAGCAGGAUAUAUCGCGUACUUAAUACAAGAAGCAAUAAAUCAAUUAUUUAAAAAGCAAAUUCAAAUUUUUCUACCAAGACUAAAUAUGCUAUUGGAUGUGUUUGUUCGACAGAAACUCGAAAAAUUUGUGGAAUUGGAAUUCAAGAAUUCAAGUUCGGACGAAGAUAUAAAGAUAAAAGUAGAAAAAUUCGCCACUAAUGAAAUAGAAAUCGACAGCAGUAAACCGACCAAACCUACCAAAAAAAUCGACAAAAAUAAAUAUACAAAAAA